AUGGGUACAAAUGCAAACAUUCGUCGACAUUUAGCCAAUGCUCACGGCAAAGUCGAUCUUUAUUCAAAAAGUCAGGUUCCUGAUCAAGCUAAAGUUGCACCAGCAAGGAAGAAAAAAUUGGAUGAAGCUGCUAUCAAAGCAAUCAUUAUUGACUCUCGUUCAUUUGGAGACUUUCGACGCAGUGGUAUGCAGCAUUUUCUUCGUUUAGCGUUAUCCGGUUACUAUGGUCCAUCUGCUCGAAGUGUGCAGCGAAACCUGAAGAAACUUUACAAUGAUAAGAAGAAAGAACUUAAAGAAAGGCUUGCUAAUAUUCAACAUGUCUCCAUUACAGCUGAUUCAUGGUGUAGUGGUCGCAAGUGCCAUUACCUAUGUAUCACAGCGCACUUCCUAACAUCAAAUUAUGAGCAGUGUGGAACUGUGUUGAGUUUUCGGCAGUUUUACGGCAGAAGUUUUGCUAUGCGUAUUCGACGACACAUUCGCACAGUGUUGACAAUGUUUGGUCUCGAAAAGGGCAAAGGUACAUGUAACCACCACGGACAAUGGCAGUGA